CUCCAGGUUGCGAGCGGUCACCCGAUCUGCUUCCUGGGGUUUGCUUUCGCUUUGCCAGGGUCGCCUCUCUAACGGGCUGCGGGAUGCAGUCGCCGGCGAGGCUCUGAUCCGAGGAGAAGCCGAGCGGUGCAUCGCGGGCAGAGAAGGAUGCUGCUGCUUCCAGUCUGCGGGAGAAGCGGGAGAGCCCUUCUUCAGCUGGUGCGGCCCACACACGGGGCCCGGGGCUUCAGCAUCCCCCAGGCGAGAGGCUGCCAUGCCAGAGAACCCUGCCCCCCGCCCGCUCACGCCACCGUGGUUAAAAAGAGGGGCUACGACAUCACCAGGAAUCCCCACCUGAACAAGGGAAUGGCCUUUACCCUCGAAGAGAGGCUGCAGCUGGGAAUUCACGGCCUGCUUCCUCCAUGCUUCUUGAGCCAAGACGUGCAAGUUCUCCGUGUCCUGAAAAGCUACGAGACCAAAGCCAAUGACCUGGACAAGUACAUUAUCCUCAUGACACUGCAAGACCGAAACGAGAAGCUCUUCUACCGAGUUCUCACGUCGGACAUAGAGCGGUUCAUGCCCAUAGUUUACACCCCAACUGUUGGCUUGGCUUGCCAGCAGUACGGCCUGGCAUUCAGAAGGCCGCGUGGGCUGUUCAUUACCAUUCAUGACAAAGGACACAUUGCAACGAUGCUGAACUCGUGGCCCGAAGAAAACAUAAAGGCCAUCGUGGUGACAGAUGGGGAGAGGAUUCUCGGUCUUGGGGAUCUGGGCAGCUACGGCAUGGGGAUCCCGGUCGGGAAGCUGGCUCUCUACACCGCCUGUGGUGGCGUGCACCCGCAGCAGUGCCUCCCUGUCCUUCUAGAUGUCGGCACAGACAAUGAGGCCCUCCUGAAUGAUCCGCUCUACAUUGGUCUGAAGCACAAGAGGGUCCGUGGGAAGCAGUACGAUGACCUGAUAGAUGAAUUUAUGCAAGCGGUUGCUAAGAAGUACGGAAUGAAUUGUCUCAUUCAGUUUGAGGACUUUGCGAAUGCCAACGCAUUCCGGCUUCUCAAUAAAUACCGCAGCAGAUAUUGCACAUUUAAUGAUGACAUUCAGGGAACCGCCUCCAUUGCAGUAGCUGGAAUUUUGGCAGCCUUAAGAAUCACCAAGAACAAGCUUUCUGACCAUAAGUUUGUCUUCCAAGGAGCUGGAGAGGCAGCCAUGGGCAUUGCUCACCUGCUUGUUAUGGCCCUGGAGAAAGAAGGAGUUUCACGGGAAGAAGCAAUCAAAAAAAUCUGGAUGGUGGAUUCCAAGGGACUCAUUGUCAAGGGCCGGAGUCACCUGAACCGCGAGAAAGAGACAUUUGCUCAAGAUCAUCCCAGUGUGAAGAGCCUUGAGGAGGUGGUGCAGAUAGUCAAGCCAACAGCUCUUAUUGGGGUGGCCGCAAUCCCGGGGGCUUUCACGGAGCAGAUUCUGAAGGACAUGGCGACCUUCAACGAGAGGCCCAUUGUGUUUGCCCUCAGCAACCCCACGAGCAAAGCCGAGUGCACGGCCGAGCAGUGCUAUCGCUUGACCGAGGGACGGGGCGUCUUCGCCAGCGGCAGCCCGUUUCCAAAGGUGACCCUGCCAAACGGACAAACGUUCUUCCCCGGGCAAGGAAACAAUGCCUACGUCUUCCCAGGUGUUGCUCUGGGAGUUAUUGCCUGCGGAGUCCGGCACAUCUCUGAUGACAUUUUCCUCACCACCGCAGAGGCGAUUGCACAAGAGAUUACUGAGGACAAUCUUGCAGAAGGACGGCUGUAUCCACCUCUGAGCUCCAUUCGGGACGUCUCCUUCAAAAUCGCUGUGCAGGUCGUUGAUUAUGCCUACAAACACAACCUGGCCUCCUGGUACCCUGAGCCAGAAGACAAAGAAGCCUUCGUUAAAUCCCUCAUUUACAGCCCUGACUACGAUUCUUUCGUUAUAGAUAACUACCGGUGGCCAAAGGAAGCCAUGGAGACUCAAAAUAUUUAGUGUUCCCUUUGGGAGGGAGCGAUCUGGAUAUAAAUGAAGUCUUCUGUCUUGUAGAACACUCCGCUGUAAAUGGGGGAAUGAGCGAGCACCCAUCUCCUCUUUUUGCUUUUGUUUUGAUGUAUCUGAGCCAGAGAUAGUAGGGGUGGUUUAAGCCCCCCAACCCAAUGGAUUGCUAUGCCUAGACGAGGCCUAGAAGGUCCCACCUGCUGUCUUCCUUCUCUUCCCAGAGAGUUUAUCAAAAUUGCUCUGUUGUGGGGGCAUCAGCUUCCAAAGCUCCCUCCCAGGUUUGCAAAAUUCUAUCACCUUUCCCAAAGCUUCAAAGGGUAGAAUCUCACGGUGCCUGGGAAUGGGAGACUCACAGUCCAGCUGCCACGUCUCAGCUACCGGCACUGCUGCCAUCCUCAGCCAAGCAGUGAGGGGUGCAGCCCCUUCGCCUCGGGUACCUGCAAUUUCCCAGAGGCCAUUUUUCCAAGCAAAACCUUCAUUAUUGAAAAGCUUUUGCAUUAGUGCUGUUCUUUAUGUUCUGCUUAUACAACCCACACCCUGAUACAUCGGGGUGCAGGAGAUUGGCCUGGGGGCCAAAGCUGCCCCCCAGUCCUCCAGGGGUUCCCUCAAAAGGCACGUGUCCUUUCCCUCCACUACUGAACAUCUGUUGGUUUCCUAGCUUUUCUGCAGUUUUAAUCCCCUCUUAAAAGUUGCAGUGCCUUCCCUGAGGCUUCGUUACUGGAAGUAAGAGCUUCAUGCUAAAAUAAAUUGGCAUUUUGGCUUUGUGCCUUUUAGCUCUGGCUUGCCACUGGAAUGUGGCUGCAGGAGCUUCUCUGAAGUGGAGUUAGGUUCUCAGGCUGAAGUUGGUUCUGCACCUCCGCCGUGCAUCAUUCCAAAUUCUAGCAAAAUUCACAGUGCCUGGACACUAUGUUGGACGCCAGGCGUGUUUUUUAAAGCCUUCUGCUUAAGUUUCCCGGGGACAAUCAUGCCACCCAAAGCUGAUGAGCUGUACGUUUGUCGGAUCCGUCUGUGGAAAAAGCACUCAGGCUUCUGAAGUGCUUAUAAUAGGGGUUUUGUUUUUAAAGCUAUUCUUCAGACAAUCUCAUCAAGGUUGGCCCUUCCCUUGUUCUAGAUAAAAGGAAAUGGAUGUGACAUUUAUAGUAGAACAGGAAUUAUGCUUCCAUGUAUAGCUUAGAUUCAAAGAAAAUGCUGCUCCAGACUUACGGCUUCGCUAAAUGAAGCGUUUAUCGUGCACCCACUGAUGUGUGUGGCGUCUUUGCAUGACAUCGCCAUCUUCCAUGGCCUUUCGUAUGUUUUCCAGCCAUUUUUGCAGGGUUAUUUAGAGUGAGGAAAGUCGGCUAUUAAAUCUUGCACUGGAAAAAAGCCUCAGGGGGUCUCACAAAUCUGCGCUACUGCCACUGUACCCCAGCGCCAUCUUCUGGUUGGUCGACAGAAUAUAUAGGAAGGCAGAGAAGUAAAACCCCCAGGGAGCAGGGGACCGAUCCCCCACGGAAACUGAAGAAGCAGCCUCAGUAAUGCGGCAGAUUGAAUCCUUCAUGCAGACGAGCCCCUCGAAUUUCCAUCCGUGGCAGAAACAGACAAAGGCGACGCACAGGGAUCUGUGCUCGAGCGCAGUGCACUGAAAAGAUGAGGCCUUGCUGAAUUCAGGCCGUACCAAGAGGGCAGGCAGUUUGAAGCAGCCCCCUUCUUUAACAGCACUUUGAGCAGCAGCGAUCAAGUUCUGCUCCCUGCCAGGAAAAGCGUCACCUGCUGAUUCACCUGAAUGUUGAAGGCGCAGGAGCAAUUUUUUAAAUAAUUAUUUUUGAUGACCAGUGGGCAAUCCUGGAAUCUGCAGACAGGAGGUUCUUCGGCUGUAGGACUAUAUUUUGUCUUCUUCCGGUACACAUUCAAAAAUUCUUGUACAUCGCAAAACAGCUCAUCAGCUGGAGGACAAAGACUAGAACCUUUCUCUCCAUGUGCUAGCUUUCUAUGGGGGGGGGAUUCAUUUGUUUUUCACAUGGAAGAGUAAAAUUGUUGGGAGAUAUUACAGCGGCUCAGGCCAAGUGAGAUUGUCCCCUUGGCUCAUUCAUCCACUUGUAUAGUAGCUGCAGAUAAUGUAGGAAAUCAUCAUCAUCAGCUCCUUUGCCCUCCAGUUUCAGCCUCAGUCCUAACACACAAACAUAAUCUGGUACCUGGGUUGUCACUUUGGUAAGCUGCACGUACCAAGAACUUUUGAGGAAUCCUCUGAAAGUCUAACAUAGUGCCAAUAAAGCUCUGAAGGGUAUCAUUGGAUGCAAUCUCAGGUACUAAUCAUUGUUUUUUGUUUUGUUAUCCAACUGACUUAAAGCAAUUUCCAAAACAUCAUUCGUACUCUGGUGCUUGGGUCCAAUGAGCUAGAGAAGCAGAACAUCCAGCCCAAGGGUUCCCCACACUGAACCGUGCUUCCUCUUGAGAUUCCUGCAGGGGAAGGGCCCAGCUUCAUGCCCCGUUCUGUGGGGGAACCCCUUUGAAAGACGUGCCCAUUGCUGUCUCUGAUCCGGUGCUGCCAGCAAAAGCUUCCAAUCCCAGACCGGAGAUCACAGUGGGGAGGCCAGAUGGACUGGGCAAGAGGAAAGGUUUAUGUCCCAAGGUGAAAAGCCUGUUUCGUGAGCUUCUGUCACAUAGUGCUGAAUGUUGCCAGGUAUUCAUUCUGAGUUCGUCAUUGGGGCAAGAUGUCAUAGCAACCCUGCUUACUCAGGUGCUUCUAGUCCAGCAUCCUGGUUCUACGGAUGACUAUCUAGAUGUCUUUAGGAAGUAUAACGCUCAUGCUACUGUUGUAUUCAAGGGCAGCCUCUCUCUGAACAUUGUACUGAGUAAAAGUAACUUAAAGUUCCUUAUGGAAAUAUAUCCACCAAUAUCGUUAUUUUUCUUGCUAAGAGUUGACUGCAGCUCAGAGAUGAAAUAGACGGGAAGAUGGAGAGGUGGUGGGGGUGGUUUUCAGGGCAGGGGAAAAUAGGUGGAGGAAAGUAACACGCACCAGCCACAUUGGGCUGUGUGUCUCUUCCUGGCCUUUUUAACUUGUAAGUUUGGCUGAUACCAGAAGCAGCAGUGAACAUAAAUCGUGUGGGAAAAGCUGGGCCGCGUUCCUUGGUGCUGUGUAUCGUUCCUACAGUGGCCAACCAGGUGCCUGUAAGAAACCCACAAAUAAGGAGGCAUUCUUCCUGAGGCAUUUAGGACUCACUUGUCUUCCCUACUCACAGCUGUUAUGGAUUCAUUAGACCCUCCAGUUUUGUUUCUGUGUCCAACCAACACUUUCAGUGAGUUUGGUUUGGUUUCAUAGAAUCUUAGAAUAGUAGAGUUGGAAGGGGCCAGAAGUGUUCAAUCCAACACUUGCUCUUCGCCAGUGAGCAAGUGCUGUUAAGUUGACAGAUGUUUAGUUCCAACAGGCACCUGGACCAGAUGUUUGGAUUAUAGAUGCCUUUAUAAGAUGCUGUUUUUUAGUCUCAAAGUCGUGCCCGACCCAUCACAACCCCAUGGACAACAUUCCCCCAGGCUCUCCUGUCCUCCCCCAUCCCUUGGAGUCCACCCACUGUCCCAGAGGCUCCAUCCAUCCACCUCAUCCUCUGCCAUCCCCACCUCCUUUUGCCUUUAUAAGUUGAGUGCACCAAUAAUAUGUUUGCAGAAAGCAGAACAGGGGGACUGGAGGUAUUCCUGGAGGAAGAGAAUAAUGCGAACCACUUUGAGUUCUUCAAAAGAAAGAAGAUGGGAUAUCAAAUAAACAAACAAAUGUAAUAAGCAUUCCAAGUCUGUACCCACCUAAGUAACAACAUCAUUUGAAUUAUAAAGUCUGAAGACACAAAAGAAAAAACCUACACUCGCCCUCAGGAAAAAGAAACUACAGCUUGUUCUUAACACAAUGAAAAAUUAACCCAGGGUGAAUUAUGAUCAUAUUGUAAUUACACACACACACCCAAUGAAAUUGCAUUUGACCAGACGAAGUGUCAGUAUUAAUGAGGUGUUCCAUGAUCCUUGACAAUUUAAAAUCAGCCUUUAAAAUUGUCAGUAAUUUUCUGCACAUACCUUCCUUUAGCUAAUGCAAUCCUUUAUCAAAAUCUGUUGACCUGUUCCAUGUAGAGUUUUUCUCCCUGGUGCACUCCUGUUAUUUGAAAUUGCUGGGUGUCCUACUUGAAAUUGGAAUGUGAAUCAUAAGAAUAAAUGGACAGUCCUUGUCAUUCCAUAUGACAAUGGAGUAGCUACUCCCAACUUUUCUGUGAUGGCUGUACGUCAUUGACUAGUCUCUUUUGUGGCGAUCAAAAUGUACAGUGCAUGUUAUAUAAAUCAGUUUUGCUUCCAUGACUUUUAUUUCCAUUGCACAGCCCACCAUAAUUUAUUUUAGUUGCAGUGGCUGCUGGGUUGUGGGCCUCUGGUUUGCAAAGCAUUUGUGGAUGCCGCUGCUUGCUGCGGCUUGCCAUGUCAUGUGAAUCCAACGCCGAGCUUAGUUUGUGAUGGUAGGCAAAGUAAAAAUAGCCCUAACAGAUGCUAGCGGGUGAGAGUUGUUCAUCCCUCCAAACAGUCCAUAACACAUGAGUUUGCCUGACAUAAGCGACAACUGUGUGGCUGCCUGCAUAUUCAAAAUGGUGGCCAGCAAGCUACCGGAAACCCAUUGCAUGAAGACAGCCCCAUUACGGGACUCAAAAUGGCUGCCCCCACACACUGAGAGCAAACUUACUGUGGUUUUAUCUGUGCAGCUAUGGUGUGUGUGUACCACAACCCUUCUAGAAGGGACAGUCCAGUUGGUUGUCAAGGCCCCACAAAGGUGACCUACCCACAUGGCUCCUACAUUGGCACCCAGACACCACAACUACACAGAGACCCCUUGAAAAAUGGCUCCCAUGUCGGUUGCUGUGUGUAGGGAAGAGGCACAGAAUGGCCUGCCUUUUCUCUCCACACGCAUCUGAGUUUAUUAGGUUAUUAUGCGUCACCGUGCGUUUACUACACUCUUUCUUUACCUCAGCUACAAGACUUGCUUUCUUAAAAUGUUACCUCAGUGAACAUGAGGUCAUUGACCAGCCAGAAACCCUGACUCAUGCAACUUUCACCUCACCAAAUUUCGUUUAAAUGAAAAAGAUUUAAUCUAAUGUCCCUGAGCUUUUCACUGGUACGCAUCUGACAUGUUCGGCAGCAUUUUUAUAUCCACACCAAGAAAAGUUAAUUUUGCAACUUUCUCCCACUUGACUGUUCUGGCUGUGGAUGAUGGUUGUUGUAGUCCAACCUCUAUUGAACUGCAUUGGGGAAACUACUGGCUGCCAGGAAUGGUGCCCGGCACCAGGAAAGAAGGUUGGCUGCAGGGGAAGGUCGCUGGCAGUGCAACCAAGGAUCUGCAAGCAUCCGUGGGCUUCCUCUUGGCUUGGCUUGUUUUCCAAGACCAGGCUGAGCAUGAAAGAAAGUCCACGGAUUCUGGAGGGAUGGAUUCUGAAAGGGCUGGUCCCAGAAAGCAACUGGGGCAGUUCCAGGGGAAAAAAAUCUUGACAACUCUAAACCAUCCCCUCUGCCCCAAAACACAUGCACAAAAGAGGAUACCAGUUCCACCUUCCUGAAUUGAAAUCCAUUUCUAAUUGAGGAUUUCUGAAUUAGGAGUAAUCCUCCUUUCUUUGAGUACUGUUAGAGGACUGCCUGUUUUGCUUUCUUAAACAGAGCAACACUGUGUCAUCAUGGGACAUGCUGCUCAGAGGUUGGGUGGAACGCACCCCCUAGCUAGUUCCCUCUGACCCAGGAGCUGCAUCAAACUGGUCGCAGGUGUUUUCAGAGAAUGGCAAAACUGGAGUGUCACUUCAUCACCUUCGUGAGUUUCAUGAUCUCACCCAUCCUUCAUUUUUGCAUGUGUAUGCACAUUUUUCUUCCAACUGUCCAAACUCAGCCAGAGAAUCUGAAGGACAUACAGCCCAACUUGACAGGCAAAUGCCCAAGCUCAAAAUAAUUUGCAAAUGCUGAAAAGUUCUCCAUUUUCCUACUGAACAAGCCAACGCAGAGCUUGUCUGAGGAUCCAGUGCAUGUCAGGAUAGCCUCACGGGACCCUCCAUGAUUUUUGGAGCCUGCUGUUUUGUAAAUAACGUACCUUAUAGAAAUAAAACAGAGCUUGAUGUGGCGAGAAGCCAGGAUCUGAACUGGCAGAACAAUUCUAUGCGUGCCUAUUCUAUGAAUUCAGUGGGUGUUGUUUGUGAGUGUGCACAAGACUGCAAUUGUAGCCAUCAAGCAAUUUCACCACCUUGUCUGUUCUGCUGGUCCAGUGGAUGUAAUUCAGUGCACUCUGUGUGUGUGUGUGUGUGUAUGGGUGUGGGUGUGGGUGUACUCCUCUCUAUAGAAGUACCUAAAACAUGUGAAUGUGUGUUUUAUUAUGGCAAACCUCAGACAAAGAUGAAUGUUCUGCUUUCUUGUACACUGAAAAAGCACAACUGCAGUGACUGCUGGCUCAGUGGUUUUGUAAUGAGACAACACUGCAUAUUUAAUGAUGUCAUUGUGCGCGUGUGCAAUGGUAUGUACACCUAUUAAAAUCUUGUUGAAAAAUG